AUGGUCAGAGGUGAGGGACAAGGUUCUUGGUGCUUACUGCGACACACCGCACUCUAGAUACAGAAAGUCAUCAUGGAAGCUGCUAUCAUGACCCUUGUCACCCAGUUCAAGACAUACGCUGGGAAAGACGGAGCCUCCAGCACCCUGAGUAAAGAUGAGUUCCAAAGCUUGGUGGCCUCUCAGCUGCCCAACUAUGUCAAGAAUGGCAGCGAUCCUGCAGUGAUUGACCAGCUCAUGGGCUCACUGGACGAAAACAACGACGGGGAGCUGACUUUCUCCGAGUUCUGGCAGCUGAUUGGAAAACUGGCCAGCAAACAGGGGGGUUUCUGUCAGUAGAGCUCACCGCUUUCGGUCACUUGAGGCUUUGAGCUAAUUGUGCAACACCAGACGACUCGGUUUAUGUUGUUGAGCUCACGACCGUUUGGAUUAUUUUAUCACCCCACCAGUGCCACAUGUGUAACCCUUUAGUUAACCAUUUGUUGAAUCCAGAUUACUUUGAAUUAAAGGCUUCAUUGUCUUAAACCCUCAACACCAA